GCUCUGCACACUGAGACCUUUCUGCUUCCUGCAGGCUAAGAUGUUCACUGAUAUCAUGGAUGCCAUGGAGGGUUUUGGGGUGAGCAGCACCCGCUACCUGCAGACCAACUAUAAAGAUGCUCAGGGCCUUUUUCUCUGGGUCUCCUGGGCAGCGGACCUCAGGAACACCUUCUUCAUCUUCUUCCCGCUUUGGUUCCACCUGCGGCCCUCAGUGGGCAUCAAGCUGAUCUGGGUGGCUGUAAUCGGAGACUGGUUGAACUUGGUGUUUAAAUGGAUCCUUUUUGGAGAGAGGCCAUACUGGUGGGUCCAUGAGACAGCUUAUUACACGGAUGCAUCCCGUCCUCACAUUGAGCAGUAUCCAAUGACCUGUGAGACCGGACCAGGCAGCCCAUCUGGCCAUGCUAUGGGAGCUGCAGGAGUCUAUUACACCCUUAUGACUUCCAUUCUCGCCAUUCUGACCAGCAAGAAAUCAUCAAACACAAACUGGUAUCUAAAGGCUCUACUAUGGUCCGUGUUUUGGGGCGUCCAGGUGUGUGUGUGUCUUUCAAGGGUCUUUAUUGCCGCCCACUUCCCCCAUCAGGUCGUUGCAGGAGUCAUCUCAGGAAUGAUUGUGGCUGAGGCCUUUAACAGAACUCAGUGGAUCUACAGCGCCAGUAUGAAGAAGUACUUCUACACAACGCUCUUCUUGACAACUUUUGCCGUUGGCUUCUACGUGCUCCUAAAAGGCGUUGGUGUCGAUCUUCUGUGGACCCUGGAGAAAGCCCAGAAGUGGUGCAUCAGACCUGAGUGGGUCCACCUGGACACCACCCCCUUCGCCAGUCUUCUUCGCAACAUGGGUACCCUGUUUGGCCUUGGUCUGGGCUUGCACUCUCCCCUGUACACCGAAACCAAAAAGAGCAGCAAUGCAUCAGCCAAAGUGGGUUGCAUUGUCAGCUCUUUGUUCUUGCUGCAUCUGUUUGACUCCUUCAAGCCUCCCACGCACACCGCAGCCCUCUUCUACUUGCUUUCCUUCUGCAAGAGUGCGACCGUGCCCUUGGUCACUGUUAGCAUCAUCCCAUACUGCGUGAGCAGAGCUCUGACCCAGCAGAGGCAAAAGGGGAUGUGAGAAAUGACAAUUGGUGAAAAAAGAAAUGCAAACAUUGACUGUUGGGAGACAAUGAACAUUAAUAACAAUAAUAGAAAGCCUUUUCUUUGGUGCUUUCGCUUUAUAUGACUGUUUGACUCAGGAAAAAAAGCUUGGAAUGAAUGAUGAGAAUUUGCAUAUUGUGUCAUUUAGACACAGAACUCUGAUGUAACAAUAACAGAAAGCAUUAUCCAGGAUGCUUAGCGGCACUUACAAAGAACUGUUGUAAAGAUAAAAUAUGAUAACUGCAGCUUUUCCAGAGUUCUAGAAAGAGAUGAAUGAGCCUAUUUUUGAAUGUUAGCUUCUCAGCUUUGAUAUGCUAUUUCUGUUAUGAAACUAUUGUAUUUUUCUGUGUUUUCUUUUUUAAAG